AUGGCGAGCAACGUUGAGAAGAAGCAGGACGGUGGUGCGUGGAUUGGCGUCAAGGGCGCGGGUUCACUUGAUCUACGCAGUGAUGUCAUGACGGUGCCGACGCCGGCCAUGCUGGCCGCCGUGGCGAAUUGCUCGCUGCGCGACGACGUCUUCAACGAGGACCCGACGACGCGCGACCUCGAGGCGCACGUUGCGCAGCUCGCCGGCAAAGAGGCCGGCCUCUUUGUCACGUCUGGGACCAUGGGAAACCAAGUCGCCCUACGGAGCCUCUUGACGCAGCCUCCGUUUGGCGUGCUGGCGGAUCAUCGCUCCCACAUUAUCCUCUACGAAGCCGGCGGAGUCUCGUCCCUCACCGGCGCCACCGUCAAGCCCGUCGUCCCCCGCAACGGCGUCCACCUCACCGUCGAAGACGUCGCCGCCCACGCCAUCCUCAGCUCCGACGUGCACGCCUGUCCCACCCGCGUCAUCAGCCUCGAAAACACACUCAACGGCACCGUCAUGCCCCUCUCCGCCGUCGCCUCCAUUGCUUCCUUUGCGCGCGCUCACAAUAUCCGACUUCACUGCGACGGUGCUCGUCUCUGGGAAGCCGCCGUCGCCACAUCCUCUUCCUCCACCUCUUCUACCUCUUCCUCUUCCUCUCCUUCCGCUGUACUCGCCGAAUACUGCUCCCAUUUCGACACCAUAAGCCUCUGCUUCUCCAAAGGUCUCGGCGCCCCCGUCGGCAGCAUCAUUGUCGGCGACGCCGCCACCCUGACGCACGCGCGCUGGGUGCGCAAAUCACUCGGCGGUGGCAUGCGCCAGCCGGGCAUGCUCGCGGCGGCGGCGCGCGUCGCCGUCGACGAGACUUUUACCGGCGGCUUGCUGCGGGCAUCGCACGAGACGGCGAAAAAAGUCGAGGCCGCGUGGACGGCGCUGGGCGGGGGCACGCUGGUGCAUCCCGUGCAGACAAACAUGUGCUGGGUUGAUCUUGAGGCGCACGGCGUCAGUGCGGAGGCGUUUACAGAGGCGUGCGCCGAGGAGGGACUGAGGGUGUCGGGGGGCAGGCUGGUGACGCAUUAUCAGAUUGCGCAGAAUGAGGCAGAGGUGCUGCCAAGGCUGGAGAGGGUGUUUAAAAAGGUUUUGGGAGCGCAAUCGACGAGUCAAUGA